GUGAUAGAACCACCAUCCUUUUCAAAACUCAUUUAGAUUUUCUUUUGCAUUCUUGUCAUCCUCAUGGAUUCUCAGUUCUUCCUUGGUAUUGCACUUUCAUCCAUUGGUGGCUUUAGCACUUCCAUUGGUGCACUUUUUGUAAUUAUGAGUAAAGCUCCAAGUUUGAGAAUGCUUGGAUUAUUACAGGGUUUUGCUGCUGGUUUAAUGCUGAGCAUAUCAUUCUUUGAUCUUGCUCACAAUGCCAUAAACUCACUUGGCUUCCUAAGAGGCAACCUUUGGUUUUUUUCUGGUGUCGUAUUUUUCGCUAUUGUUGCCAACUUUAUUCCAGAACCAACAGCUCCUCCUCCAGAUAAGAAAAACAAAAAGGUUGGUAAUGAAGAAAACAAGAACACCAUGAAAAAACGUCGCCGUCAGGUUUUAUACAGUGGAAUUAUUACAGCCAUAGGUAUAAGUUUACAUAACUUUCCAGAAGGCAUGGCAGUGUAUCUAGGAUCCAUGAAGGGUCUUCGUGUCGGUCUUAACCUUGCAUUGGCCAUUGCUCUUCACAAUAUCCCUGAGGGUGUUGCGGUUGCACUUCCUGUUUAUUUUGCAACAGAAAGUAAAUGGCAAGCAUUCAAAUUGGCAUCACUUUCUGGCUUAGCUGAGCCCUUGGGUGUUGUUAUUGUUGCAUGUCUAUUUCCUACGAGCCUAAAUCCUGAGAUUCUUGAGGGUUUGCUGGCAUCAGUUGGUGGUGUUAUGGCUUUUAUAACCCUUCAUGAAAUGCUGCCAUUGGCUUUUGAGUAUGCGGGACAGAAACAAUCUGUUAAGGCUGUUUUCUGUGGAAUGGCUUUCAUGUCUGCUAGCCUCUAUUUUCUACGUUUGAGUUUACCAGAGGACACUGGCUUGUAGAUGGAUGAGAUGUCUUAAUAUUGUGCAAUAGAAGAGGAAAAAGUUUAGUUACUGAAAUUGUGAUAAAUCAAAAUAAAAUAAGAUUGCAUAUAUGAAAAAUGUGAGUUUAGUGUUAUUUUUUUAAUCAUGUAUUUAUAGCUUUUUAAGCAAAAGUUCUCAAACCCGAAUUAAAAAAAAAACGAGCGGUAAUUGCUUCAAGGUAUUGCUUCUCUUUCUAGUA